GACUUCAAGAGUGAAACCCUAGCUACAAUUUCCUUUUUUCUCUUUUCCAAAUUCAAUCUCUUCUGUAAAUCAACAAUAGAAAGAAACAACAUGAUGACGAUGAAGAAAAUCUCAACUGAAACAGAGAAGGCUAGGGCUGAUGAUGACCGUUGCAAAUCCUUCGCAGCGAGGCCUGUCCAGGCGAAGAAACAAUCGGUGAAACUUUCUCAAAACCCUAAAUCAGUGAUUAAGAUAAAACUGAAGAAGCCGCCUUGCAAGUCUGUUUCAACAAGGCCGAAGAAGCUGUCUAUUCCGGAAGUUUCUGGAACAAACCCUAAAGCUGUUGUAGCCGCCGUUGUGAAGAAGAACGAUAAGGAAACGUUGGAGCUGUUCGACAUAGCCAAGAAAUCAGCGGAUGUGGCCAACGCGAAGGGGCUUCUCGCGGCUAAAGCAGAGACAUCAAUCUGUGUGGAUACUCUCUCUUUGCUCAUCAGUUUGCCAAUCAGCGCAACGGCUCCGAGAAUCAUGGAUAGGCUUGGGCAUCUCACAAGGCACAAGGACCGCAAAAUCUGCAACUCCGCGUCGGCUCUUUUUCAAUAUUGGAGUCAGAGCAUCAGAGAUCAACAACACUAAGAUGCCCUCUAAAACUCUCAAGGACAACAACACAUAGGGCUUUGUGAUUUGA